GCUCUCGGCCGCGGACACAGUUCCCGAAUUAUCUGCGGAUUGUCCCCGUGUGGACCAGAUGGGCGACUCGACUCGAGCGGUCGGAGACGUCGAGAAUCCCUCCUCUCCCCCGGCGCCUGCGCGGCGAGGCCUCGGCGGGAAGCUGCGACUCCUGCUGCCGCACGUCUGGCCCCGAGGCUCCGCGGCGCUGCAGGGACUCGUGCUGCUGUGUGGCGGCCUGCUGGCCGCCGAGCGCCUGGUCAACGUGCUGGUGCCCGUUUACGCCAAGAACAUCGUGAAUGAGCUCUCUACAGGGGGCGGCUGGUCUUCGCUGGUCAUCACAGUCUGCAUCUACACACUGCUCAAGUUCCUGCAGGGAGGGGGUGCAGGAACCUCCGGGUUCGUCGGCAACCUGCGUCAGUUCCUGUGGACCCGAGUCCAGCAGUUCAGCAGCAGAGGCGUCCAGGUGCGUUUGUUUUCCCACCUGCACGGCUUGUCCCUGCGCUGGCACCUGGACAGACGCACCGGAGACGUGCUGAGGAGCGUCGACAGAGGCACUUCCUCCAUCAACAACCUGCUGAGCUACAUCCUGUUCAGCAUCCUUCCCACCGUCUGUGACAUCAUCAUUGCCAUCAUCUACUUUGUGUCCUACUUCAGCGUCUGGUUUGGACUCAUCGUUUUCACCUGCAUGGUCCUCUACCUCACCUGCACCAUCCUGAUCACAGAAUGGAGGACCAAGUACAGGAGAGAGAUGAACGACCGGGACAACUACGCCAAGUCCAAAGCCGUGGACUCGCUGCUCAACUUUGAGACGGUAAAGUAUUACUGCGCCGAGGAUUAUGAAGUCCGCUGCUUUGAGGAAGCCAUUCGGAAAUAUCAACGCUGCGAGUGGAAAAGCUCGUCCUCGCUGGCUCUGCUGAAUCAAACCCAGAACGUCAUCAUAGGAUCAGGACUGCUGGCUGGAUCUGUGCUGUGUGCCUACCUGGUCUCAGAGGGUCAGUUCCAGGUCGGAGACUACGUGCUGUUUGGAACCUACAUCAUCCAGCUGUACACACCUCUCAACUGGUUCGGUACCUACUACAGGCUGAUCCAGAGCGCUUUUGUUGACAUGGAGAACAUGCUCGACCUGUUGACAGAGCAGAACGAGGUGCGGGAUGCUGAGGAUGCACAGGACUUGCAGCUGGCUGCAGGUCAGGUGGAGUUUGACGGAGUCUGCUUCAGCUACGUUCCCGGCACUGAGAUUCUUCGGGAUGUGUCCUUUAGGGUGGAGGCGGGACAAACUGUGGCUUUGGUCGGUGCGUCUGGAUCGGGGAAAAGCUCCAUCCUGCGUCUGCUGUUCCGAUUUUAUGACCCUCAGAGUGGAAACAUCCGCAUCGACGGACAAGAGAUCUCUCAGGUGCACCAGUCUUCUCUGAGGUCGCACAUCGGCGUGGUUCCCCAGGACACGGUUCUCUUCAACGACACCAUCGGCAACAACAUCCGCUACGGCCGAGUGACGGCCAGCGACCGGGAGGUGGAGAGCGCCGCCGUGGCUGCUGACAUACACACCCGGAUCCUGGAGCUACCCCGGGGUUACGACACGCAGGUGGGGGAGCGAGGUUUAAAGCUCAGCGGGGGGGAGAAGCAGAGAGUGGCGAUCGCUCGAACCAUCCUCAAACAACCUCGGAUCAUUCUGCUGGACGAGGCCACGUCUUCACUGGACACCCAGACUGAGAGGAACAUCCAGGCCUCACUGGCCGAGAUCUGCACCAACAGGACGACCAUAGUGGUCGCACACAGGUUGUCCACCAUCGUCGGGGCAAACCAGAUCCUGGUGGUUCACAACGGACAGAUAGCAGAGAGAGGAAGACACGAGGAGCUGCUGGUCCUUGGAGGUCUGUACGCGGCCAUGUGGACCAAACAGCACAAGAGUCACCACACGCAAACUGAAGCACCGACCGACAGUCACACUCAAGGUCCUUGACUCUGAGCAUUGUGAUGGGGAACCAAUGGUAAACCAUUAGAGUACUCUACUGUGUGAGGCCAGCCAACAGAUACCUUCAGCUUUGUAUAUAAAUGAGGUUGUGUGGUUAAAAGAAAUAAAGAAGAAAAAGACCACUCUGAUA